GUGUGUGUCAUUGCUGGUGUGUGUGUGUCUUGACUGUGGUCCAGCUCCUCAGCCUCCUCCGGUCGUCGCCAUGGUGCAGAUGAUGGAGUCGCAGUGCGAGUACUUCAUGUAUUUCCCGGCGGUGCCGAUCACGGACCUGUCGGACCCGGCGCGCUACCGCACCCUGCCCCGCCGGAGCCACCUGUACCUGGGGGAGACGGUCCGCUUCCUGCUGGUGCUGCGCUGCAGGGACGCGGGGGCGACGCCGACCGAGCAGGGCUCCGCAGGGGGCGGCGACAGCGCGGCAGCAGCCUUCGGGUCGGAGUCGGCCAGCGGCCGGGUGUGGCGGGAGCUGGCCGGUUCCCUGUGCGCCGUGGCCAGCGUGAGUCCCGGCGAGGGCAGCCGCCACCGGGGCAACCACCACCAGCAUCACCACGACUACCAGAGCAGCGGCGACGAGGCCAACGAUGACGGGGAGGAGGACUAUAUCGCGGCGGCGGAGGCGGCCAUCGCGGCGCUCGGCAGCAGGGUGGACUCGCGAUGCCGAAGCUUCAGGGACUGCAAACCGCUGCUCAUCCACAACUCGUCCGGGACAGCGUCCAGGGAGUUCCGCAGGGCGCCAGUCCAGUCUCCUCUGGACGAGCCGGUGGUUUUGACGGAUGAAGUGAUCUUCCCUCUCACUGUCUCCCUGGACAAACUUCCUGUCAGCACCCUGAAGGUCAAGGUGAUGGUCACCGUGUGGAAGAAGGAGGCGGAGAAGGCGGAGGUGCAUGAGCUCGGUUACCUGAGCGUCCUGCAGCAACGAGAGCCGACACACACCUUCAGACACGACCUGAACACCUUCAAGGCUCAAGUGAGCACCACGCUGACCGUCCUGCCGCCUCCGACCGUCCGCUGUAAACAGAUGACCGUCUCCGGGAGGCAACUCGCCGUCCUCAAGGUGCUGAACGAGUCGUCUCAGGAGGAGGUGAGUAUCCGGGACGUUCGGAUUUUGCCGAACCUGAACGCCUCGUACCUUCCCAUGAUGCCAGACGGCUCCGUGCUGCUGGUGGACAACGUGUGCCACCAGUCCGGUGAGGUCGGCAUGGCGUCCUACUGCAGGGUGGACAGUCUGGCCUGCCGCCUUCCCAGCAUGCUCAGCGCCCUGGAGGAGCACGACUUCCUGUUCCAGCUGCACCUCAACGACAUGAAGCCGGACGACUCCAACGAGGGGCUGGAGGUUCCCCUGGUCGCUGUGUUGCAGUGGUCAACUCCCAAGAUGCCUUUCACCAACUGUAUCUACACCCACUACAGGCUGCCCAGUAUCCGUCUGGACGAGCCGCGGUUCGUCAUGACGGCGAGCUGCCCGAGCACCGUCAGGGUGAAGGAGCACUUCAAGGUCAAAUACGUUCUGCUCAACAACCUUCAGGACUUCCUGGCUGUACGGCUCGUCUGGACGCCAGAGGGUCGCGGUCAGGUCGACGAUGCAGCGCUGGCGGCCGUGGUUUGUCACACUCCCCUCAGUAACCUGGGUCAGUGUAGGAAAGGCAGCACUCUGUCCUUCAGCGUGUCGUUUCAGAUCCUCAAACCAGGACUGUACGAGCUCAGUCAACACAUGAAGCUGAAGCUUCAGUUCACGGCCUCAGUUUCAAACCCUCCACCAGAUGCUCGACCUCUGUCACGUAAGAACAGCCCGUCCAGCCCGGCGAUGCGAGACCUGUUGGACCGACACCAGGCCAGUCUGGGUCGGUCUCAGUCCUUCUCCCACCAGCAGCCUUCUCGAUCCCACAUCAUGAGGACGGGCAGCGCCAUGGAGCGACGGGCCAUCACCCCGCCCGUCGGCUCGCCGGUCGGUCGACCGCUCUACCUGCCGCCGCAGGACAAGUCGCUGCUGUCGCUGGACAAGAUCGCCAAGAGGGAGUGCAAAGUCCUGGUGGUGGAUCCCGUCGGCUAGGGAGCGAGGAGGCGAGGAGAUAAGGCAGCGAGGAGGGACAGAGGUGAAAGGACAAGGAGGCAGCGAGGAGAGAUAAACACUUUUGUUUUAAUUUGGAAAAUGAGUCGAUGGAAGAAAAAAAAAACUGAAGAAGAAAUCGACUUCGGCUUCUUUGUCAAAACUGAAACAGAAGCUCAACCGACGUCUCCUGUUGCCAUCGGAAAUAAGAAACUUUCAGGUUUCACUGAUGAAACAAACAAAUGAAAUGCAAAUGUGAGAUGUGUGUACUAUCAUGUUUCUGUAUUAAAGCUGCAGCACGCUCUCUGAUACGGCCUCGUUCAAAAAAGGUUGGUGCAGGUAUCAAAGUCUCGCCCCUACACCCACUCAACCAAUCAUGAGUUAGUGUCAGCUGUCAAUCAUGACGUCUCAGACCGUUUUUAUAUCAUCGAAUAACUAAUGAAAACCAACUAACAUGGAGGGGCUGGGGCUUAUGGCCUAUACUGCAGCUCGCCACCAGGGGGCGAUCGUGAUGAUUUGGCUUCACUUUAGAGGAGCCGUCACGUCGUCCAUCUUUAUUUACAUUCAUUGGGCAUCACAAAUAAAUAAUUUAUCAAACAGUAAUAAAUGUAUAAAUUACAGCUCAUUGAUGAGGCCUUAUCAGAAAGUGAGGAGCUGAGAGAAGUUGUAAAUAAUCGCACAGGAAGUAGAAGUUUAUUUAAUUUAAUUUAUUUCAGUAUUAUUCUCUUGUCUGUUGAGUUUAUUGUCAUAUCAUGUAAAUGAAUUGGUCACAUACUGAACUGUUUACAUCAACUACAGUAUUUCAUCAUGCUACACGUGAACAUUUUCCAUCAGAAAUAAAUGCAGAUCACAUGCUGCUGUUUACAUGUUUCUUUGAA